AUGGCCCCGGCAAUCACGACGGCCGUCUUGCCGGCCAAGAAGAAGAAGAAGCAGCAUUUCCGCCCGCCGCACCUGCGCAAGAACCCCCAGCCCGCACAGCCGUUCAACCCCCCGCCGUCACACCCCUCCUACGACUCCAUCACCUCCUCCUCCGCCGCGCUCGUCCCGCGCUACCUCUUCCGCCUUCACACGCCCUCCUCCAAAGGCGAGACCACCACGCGGCACGUCGCCUCCGCUGCCGCCGCAUCCCCGCGCCGCCCGCGCUCCUCGAUAGCCCGGGCCGCGCGGCGCGACAUCUUCGCCGCCGAGCCGUCCUGGGCGGCCGACGCCCUCGCCAACCACCUCCUCUGGCGGAGCAACGGCCCGCUCACGCACCACAACCUCGUGUCCUGGUCCUCCUCGCUGCUCGUCGUCCUGCAGCAUGGCCUGCGCCGCGCCCAGUCCAGCCGCGGCGUGCCCGACUUGGAGCGCGUGCGCCUCCUCGUUGUCGACACGCGGGAGCUGCCGCAUGGCGCCUUUAUCAGCGACUUGCGUCUGAUGGCGGCCUUUGCCCCCCACAGCCAAGACCUCGCUGACCUGCAUCGGCUGCGCACGACGGCGACGCACGGCGGCGAGGUGUUCUACUUUGGCGAGUACCUUAGCCAGGGCUACCUCCGGGUCGAGGGGUGUGCCCGCGAGACCAGCCUGCAGCGCAUGGUCGACUGCCACCUCUUCAAGCUCUGCCCCGGUCUGGCCGACCGCAGCGGCUGGUCGCGCUGGGCCAAGCGCGUGAUGGAGCUGCGCCGGGCGUACGACGUCGCCGGAGGCAGGCCGCAGCUCGUCGACACGGGCGUGCGGGACGUGCGCAGGGCCGUUGUCCUCGCCAGCAGCUGUUUCGGCGACGAUUACGCCCUCGUUAUUGCCGCCAUGGUCCUCGCUCUGCUGCCUCGGGACGUUGCGGUCGGCGGACCCGUCAUUACAGGCCUUCGCAACAUGUUUACAGGUUUGUGA